GCCCUGCCGUGCGGGGAGGCUGCCCCGGGCCCGGUCUGCAGCGGGUCCCGCGGCGGGGCUCGGCCGCACAGCCUGGCAGGCCUGCUUUUCACGGCGUCGGCUCGGAGCCGCAGGAGGGGCGGGGGCUUGCCCAUCACCUCCCCCCGGGGCGGUGCGCCGUCCCUCUCCGCCCCUCACUGGCUCCCCGUUCCCGGCACCGGAGCCGCAGCCUUGGCCCGCUCCGCCUUCCCCGGUCUCCGCCUCUGCUCCUGGUCACCGGAAAGAUUCCCCGUUCCCGCCGGUUCCACAGCCCAGCGAUGCCGUCCAACAAAUCCGUUUCGGACGCGCCCAUCGUCCAGUUCACCAACUGCCGCAUCCUGAGGAGCCACCAGCUCCAGAGGGAGGACCUGUGGGUUCGAGAAGGGAAGAUCCUCAACCCAGAGAAACUCUUCUUUGAUGAGAAAGGCUCUGCUGACAUCCAGCUGGACUGCAAGGACAGCAUCAUUGCCCCGGGCUUCAUAGACGUCCAGAUCAAUGGAGGCUUUGGGGUGGACUUCUCCCUGGCUACAGAUGACUUCAAAUCAGGGAUUGACCUGGUCAGUCAGAAAAUCCUCUCCCAUGGAGUGACCUCUUUCUGUCCCACACUGGUGACUUCUCCUCCAUCUGUGUACCACCAGGUUCUCCCUCAGAUCAGCAUAAGAAACGGUGGAGCUCAUGGAGCAGGUGUCCUGGGCGCCCACCUGGAAGGACCAUUCAUCAGCAAGGAGAAGAAAGGGGCACACCCAGAGCACUGCCUCCGCACCUUCGAGGAAGGAGCCUUCCAGGACCUGCUUGCCACCUACGGGUCCCUGGACCGUGUCCGGAUAGUCACCCUGGCCCCGGAGAUGAAGAGGAGCAGCGAGGUCAUUGGGGAGCUCACCAAGCAGGGCAUCUGCGUCUCGCUCGGCCACUCGGUGGCUAACCUGUCUCAGGCUGAGGAGGCUGUGCAGCACGGUGCUACCUUCAUCACUCAUCUCUUCAAUGCCAUGUUGCCGUUCCACCACCGUGACCCUGGGAUCGUGGGGCUGCUGACGAGCGACAAGAUUCCCGCUGGGCGGAGGGUCUUCUAUGGCAUGAUCUCUGAUGGCAUCCACACCAACCCUGCUGCCCUGCGCAUCGCCCACCGAGCCCACCCGAAAGGCCUGGUGCUGGUGACAGAUGCGAUUGCUGGGAUGGGGCUGGCACCGGGUCGGCACACACUGGGUCAGCAGGUGGUGGAGAUUGAUGGGCUGAACACCUACAUUGCAGGCACAAAGACUCUGAGCGGUAGUGUGGCGACCAUGGACACAUGCGUGCGGCACUUCCAAGAAGCCACAGGGUGCUCAGUGGAGACCGCCUUGGAGGCAGCAUCUCUGCAUCCUGCCCAGCUCCUGGGGAUUGAACACAAAAAGGGGACACUAAAUUAUGACUCUGAUGCAGAUUUCCUAAUGCUGAACGACAGUCUGUACGUGCAGGCCACAUACAUCGCGGGCGAGGAGGUCUGGAGGCAGGAGGUGUUAGACAUGUGACACUGGGCUGUGCUGGUGCCACCGAGGCUCUCUGGCACUGUGGUUAGCAGCUUUGGUAACCACUCCACUUCUCUGUCCUUUUUUUUAUUUUUCUUUGUCUAAAUUCCUUCCUGCAACUCCUUUGAAGGAGCCUCAUACCAAAGAGCUGCGUUUCCCAGCGCAACCGCUGCUUCCACUUACAGCCAUGCCUGCAACAAAUCUUGGUGCUCAGCUGGUGGAGCAGGGCAAGCAGGCAGAUCUGUGCUGAGUGGGAGGUGUCAGUCCCUGGAGAGACCUGAAGGACUGCACAAGUGUCCUGCGUGGAGUCCCCAGCCAAGGUGCUCCCGUUGGCAUCUGACAGUGGUGUGAAGCCAUGCCAGCUUUGGCACUGUUUUAUACAGCACACACUCGCCUGCCCCGUGCCCCAGGCAGGCUCAAGCUAUUUCCAUUGCUCUGCCUGCUGCUUGCCUCGCUCCCAGGCAGCCCUGGCUGGUUAGACAUCAGCUUCCACCAGCUCACCUCGCAGCUCUUCACUUCAAAAGGUUCCUAUUGUCUCAGUGGAAGCUGAAGAUCACGUUCUGAUCCCCUGGCAGUCCCUCAGCUGCAUGUCUUUGGAGGCUGUCACAGGUCAUCAUCAGCUCAGCGCCAUUGUGGGGCUGUGGAUCCUUGUGGGCUGAAUCCUCAGGGCAGGGAUCAAACCCAGGAAAAUCGAGGCAUUGCUGGUCCUUUGUGCCUUUUCCCUGCAUGGGCAUUGAGUCUGCAGCACCUGGCUUCUGCUGGAGACAAGGAUGGCAUCCUUCCACCCUUAACCUUUUGCUCUGGCUUGGUGGGUUCAGCAGGCUCUGCACCAAACCCAUCCCCAGCAGAGCCUUUGCAUCCUCUGAUAGGUUGAUGCAUUCCUCUGGCCACAGGUGGGAAGCUUCUGUUUGAGGGAAUGCCCCCAAACUGGUGGUGAUGGUCUCAUAAGCCCUCUGUCCAGCUCAGGGACUGAGGGAGAAGAGAACUGCAGUGAGAGCCUGUCCUUGCAGGAUAGCUGCUGGUAGCUCAUUAUUCCCAUGCUCAUUAUUAUCUUCUCCAGUACUUGACUCUCAGCUCUUCCUGUCACUGGGACACUCCUCUGAAGACUGAUGCCUAUUCCAAACCCACAGCAGCCAGAAAACCCUUGUCCUAGGUCUUAGACGUCCUCUGAUAAAGCCUCAAACCCUUUUGAUGGCUUUUGUAGUGAGGGAAGGGCUCAGACAAGGGUUAAGUUUUAGCGAGGCUGGAGGUGUAAGGCAAGACAAAGCCUGGCCAGGACUGGCAGGAGAGUGCUGAUUUUUCCAGUCCCUUUUUAUAACUUUGGAGAGCAGCGUUUGGAAGUGCUUCCCUUUGCCUGGCAGCCCUGGAGAGUUUCUAACACCAGCUGCCAGCGUCAGCACAAACCACAGCCUCCUCGAUCUGAAGCAUUCGAAAGAGACAUCAAAUGCUGUGCUGUGAAGUGCUGACGUGCUACAGCAUCACAAGUCCCAGCGGGGCCUCUCUUGCCUGCUGUGGAAAAUCUAAAAGGGAUGGGGAGGGGGGGAAAUGUGUAUGAAAAAACCCCAAACAAACCCAAGAGAAGGUGUCUAACUCUUUUGUUAUCCCCAGCAUUAAAUAAUUGAAAGGAAAAUGUAAGCUGGGCGCUGAGGGAGCCGA